AUGGCCAGCCGCAACAACUCAUCAUCAAGAAUUCAGCGAAAUAUCAAGGAGAAAAGUCGAAGAAUGUACAUGAAAGAUCAGCUUUCCCGGCUUGCUUUUCUCAUUCCUCCUCAAACCACCUCUAAGUUGUCAGUGCCUGGGAUAUUGAAUCAAGCAACAAGUUAUAUAAAGCAGUUGCACGAGAAUGUAGAACGUCUUAAAAAAAGGAAAGAACAAUUGAAAGGAGAAGAGAUCACAACAUGUAAUACUAGUACUGAUGACAGGACACGAAGCUCAUUACGUACUAUAAUGAGCAUCAAACAUUUUGAUUCUACUAUGGAAGUGAAUAUGAUUUGUGGGUUGGAUAAAAAAAUCAUGUUCUAUGAAAUUAUAAGUGUACUUCAGGAAGAAGCAGCUGAAGUUAUAGAAGCUUCACAGCUUCAUGCUGAUGAUAAACUCAUCUUCAUAAUUAAGUCCAAGUUCAUAAUUAAGUCCAAGGGAUUGACUAAAAGAUACUAUGCAAUUAGAGGUAAACAUGAUGGAAACAAGGUGAAAAUUGGUGUAACAUGA